UCGUGGCUUUCAAGUGCAACCCGGAAGUAGUGUGUGCGUGGAGUGAAGGUCUUCGGCGAUGGUCGGUGUUUAGAUAACACUUCCUCGUUGUGGGCCUGAAGCUGGUGAUAAAGAUGGGCGUUAAAAUAGAGAUUUUCAGAAUGAUGUUGUAUCUGUCCUUUCCCGUGACCAUGUUCUGGAUCUCUAAUCAAGCAGAAUACUUUGAGGAAUAUGUAGUAAAGAGAAAGAGGGAGCUCUUCCCCCCUAACGAGGCACUGCAUAGGAAAGAGUUGGAGGACUUCAAAGAGCGAAUGCGUGUUCGUAAGGAGCAGAGAAUAUAUAAAAAUAUUUCUGAGGAAUCUGAGAACUGAUGAUUAUGUGUUGAAGAAAUGCAAGAUUUCUCAGUACCGAUGCAGGAUUAUUUGGGACUGUUUUUUGGAGCAAAAGAAACCUGAUUGGACUGGGGGAAUACCACAUCUCAUCAGAAGUCUGUGACCUAACUAUACAUAUGAAGCCUAAUGUUUCAUGUUCAAGUGACAUAAUAUUUGUUUAAGUGUUUGAAUGCCUGAAUAGGUGAGUUGCUGUGAUUUUGUUGUAUAAUAAAUAAUUAUUUGAAUUAGAUAUCCAGUUGGCUUUUAUAUAAUUACCAUGAUUUAUUUUUGUGAGGUACAGUGCCUAUGAAAUGUAUUUUAUUGUUGAGUUUUACCACAUUCUAUCGCAGUGGAUGUAAUUAAUCAAACUGAGCCACAGGAACAUACUGUAAUACCAAAACUUAAAAUACGUCUCCGGUUAACUGAUCUAAAUCAAGCACAAACAUUAAUCGUAAAGUAGAGGGUUGGAAAAGUAUUCGCCCCCUUGAAGCUGCAUUCAGUAGAGGCACCUGUGUUACUGCCUGGAUUUAUUUUAGUAGCAUUUGUGACAAUAAAUCUUCCCACAAGUCAGGUGCAGACUUCAGGAGGUUUUUGUCAGUGAUUUAUCUGCUUUGCUACGUUUAUUGUAGCCUCAACCUUCUCAAGUUCUCUGGGUCCUCUGCAGAUAUGCACUAGCACCACCAGCCCUCCUGGUGGUGAUAGAGCCUUUCAGAUGAGGGCUGCUGUUUCACAAAUUGAACAUAACCACAUAGAUCAUAUUUGUUCUCAUCAGACAAUUGAACAUGUUUCCACUUUAUAUCUUCUGGCAAACACUAGCUGAGUUAUUAUAUAUUUUUUAUCAAUAUAGCUCUGGUAGAAAUGCAGUGCUAUUUGUUGCAUUGCAGAGGCACUGAAUGUUUCAUUGGGAAUUGUCAGUAGAUGCCUGUAUAUUUAAAUAAAAUCACUUGUUUUACAUGUCAUACCUUGACCACACAUGAGUAUUCAACUUCUGAUGACUUAUUUGUGUAAUAAUUUAUCACUGUUGAAAUUGCAAUUACUGCGUUUGCUUAAAAAAUGAGGGUAGGUUAAAUAAAUACAAACCAUUUAACAUGAUCUUAAUAUUUAUAGGUGUAUUUUAUGCUGGGUUUUUUUCAAAUAACAGGAGCAGUAAUUUGCCUGUGUCUCCUGUUUUGUGCCUCUUCUUAAAUACGCAUAAAUAAAGACAAUU